UCUUCCGGAGGCAGCGGCGAGGAGAACAUGGCGCCUUAUUUAAAAGAUUGCAGGGUCUCCUGUAAACUUUCAUGGGAAGACCUUCAAUAUCUGUGCCGCAGAAAGAGGCUACUAUGCAAUGAACUGGGCGUGACAAGAGAAAACUUCAAUGACUAUGAGGUGGAGUAUUUGUGUAACUACAAAAAAUAUAAGUCUCAAGAGUUCUUUCUGGUGAAGUGGAUAGGCUACUCGGAAUCAGAGAACUCAUGGGAACGUCGAAGAAACCUUAGAUGCCCCCAAAUCUUGCGCCGGUUCAGACAGGACAUGAGGGCAGCGCUGCUUCAGGCCAACGAGCCCCUUGACUCCAUGUCCUUGAGUCCCUCAAUUGCCUCUUUUCUUGCUAAGAAGGCCAAGCAACGCAUAAAGCUUAAAAAAUGGGAGGAAAUCAUGAACCAGACCUGCAAGCACAAGGGCCGCAUAUUCAUGUGUAAUGAGGUCGACCUGGAUGGACCUCCUAAGAACUUCACCUACAUUAAUAAGAAUAAGUUUGGCCAAGGAGUGGAGGUAAACAAGGCGACAGUGGGCUGUGAAUGUGACGAUUGUAUCUCUCAGCAUGUGAAGGGCUGCUGUCCCGGAUUGUUAAGUCAUCGCAGGGCAUAUAAUGAAAGCAAACAGGUGAAAGUGAGGCCUGGUGUGCCGAUCUACGAGUGUAACUCCAAUUGCAGAUGUGGGCCAGAAUGUGGCAACAGGGUUGUGCAGAGAGGGAUUCAAUAUGAUAUGUGCAUCUUCAAAACAGCCAAUGGGAGAGGCUGGGGUGUGCGGACGCUGCAGAGGAUAUUGAAAAACGCCUUUGUUAUGGAGUAUCUUGGAGAGGUCAUCACUACAGAGGAGGCAGAGAGAAGGGGAAUGGUUUAUGAUAAACAGGGUGUCACUUACCUGUUUGAUCUAGACUAUGUGGAUGAUGUCUACACCAUCGAUGCGGCUCAUUAUGGAAACAUCUCUCAUUUUGUCAACCACAGUUGUGAUCCAAACUUGCAAGUGUAUAAUGUAUUCAUUGAAACCUUGGAUGAGCGACUGCCCAGAAUCGCAUUCUUUGCAAAACGAGGUAUCAAAGCAGGAGAGGAGCUCACCUUUGACUACAAGAUGACAAUUGAUCCAAUAGAUGCAGAGAGUUCAAAAAUGGAUAUUGACUUGAGCCGGGCAGGGUUUGAAGAAUCACCCAUUAAAAGGAUCCGUAUGGAGUGCAAGUGUGGAGUGAAGAAUUGUCGAAAAUAUUUGUUUUAAUUGAGUGCAGUAAAUGGCACUUGCAUAGAAUUUUCAAAUUUUAGUUCCCCAAAUUUAUUUUUGUAUAUUUUUAUUCAUGUUUAUAUAUAUAUAUUACUUUUAUUCAAUAUACCUUAAGUAGUUUAGGUUUGUUCAAAUAAAUUAGUGUUUCUAUUUUAGGACAAACCUUUGCACGUCAAUUUUUUAUCUUGCUUUCAGCAUAUUUUAGAAUGUCUUUUUUUAUUUCUUUUUUAUGUAGAUUUCUUUUUAAAUUGAUUAACGACAUUAAAAGUGUUCAUACUUGGGUUUUGAUUUUUACUGCAAGAAUAUAGUGUAAAUAUGUGUUUUUAUUGGCCAGCAGAUGGUGCUGUUGUGUUCAUAUUGUCAAAUCUAUAUGUAGUCAAUAUCAUUUAAGAUUCAAUAGCACCUUUCAUUCAGUGUGAUGCAAAGUGUUUUCACAGUGGUAUACAGGAAGUAGAGAAGUUGACAGCAAAGAUAGUAAAUAAAUACACGAAGGUGCUUGUCAAGCACUAAAACACAUCUUUGUAGAAAGCACAAGCAGUCAUGUUUAUUUCAAGAGCUGCACUCUCUGGAUUCUGUACAGUAAAUAUGUGGGAAGGCUGUGGUAAAACCUUUCAGAGAGAAUCAAUAAGGCAUUGCUGUAUCUCUGACCUGAAUCCCUAGCUAAGGACAGUCUGCCUGGUCAGCACCUUCUUCCAUUAACCUGCAAUUCAUAGUUCUUACCUGACGUCUUUGUCA